CAUCACCGUCACUGUUGAUUCUCCUGACUCGUCCCGGUGCUGUGGCUGCGGUUGAAGUCAAGUCAAUUCAAUUUGUCGCCGUAGAUCCCAGAUCAGAUCCCUCGCGUCUGUGAAACACCCCGCCUGAGGCCUGGUCCGAGCAGAGAGAGUUGCGAUUGCGAUGGGGUCGCGCAUCAAGAGCUUCUUGUUUGGUAAAGCAUCGUCCUCAACCCGCGACAACCGUCAAAAUCUCCCAUCUCAGCCCUACGACGCCGCCGUCCCUCGCGAUGCGCCGCUCAGAGGCUCCCAACCCGUCUCAGGCAAUGGCCCUCCCGUCCUAGGGAAUCUCCGGCGCGGGAGGCUCAAGAGACAGUCGAUUAGCACCCCCAGCGCCGCAGCAGCUCCCUCCGUCCCACGACACCGCGGUCAAGAUCAUCCUUCUACGGGGGAUACGGCGGAUACAAACACCAACACAGGAGAUACGGAGAGACCAAAGACCGCACCGCAUCAUGCUGCCCGUCCCAGCGGGGGAGCGGCGGGAGACGGCGGGGCGGCAGGAGGAAGACCACGGUCGGGCUUCUCGAUGAAGAGUCCGCCAGCCUUCCUCGACCCCAGCAAGAGGAGGAGGAGUUCCGUGGCCAGUACUCGUAGCAGACGGAAUUCAUUAUGGGCAAUAGGGACGACUACGGAAGAACCGCCUCCUCCUCUGCCGACUGCGAUAUCUCCAGCGGCAGAAUUGCAAGCCGGCGCAUACCCUCCUCCAGAACCGUUUACUCCUCCGUUCGCAAGGCAACACGCGCGCAAUUCCUCGGGGGCUUCGCACAAGUCGUACAUCGAUAUAUUGGACGCGCACUCUAGUAUCAAUGGCUCACGGGAGGCGUCGAGGCACCGGGCAAAGGCGUCCGGACUACGGAAUUACGGGGAAGAUGUAGCAGAUCGUAACAUCACGCAGUUUGGAGAGAAGGGGGAUAAGGGGGAGAGGGGGGAGAAGGGGGAGAAGGGAGAGAAGGGCGAGAAGUCUAAGAGAGGUAAGAGAGGCACGCGGGACCUGGACCUGGACUCCCCGGAAUUCAGCUAUCUGAAGCACAUAUAUUCGCCUGAGGGAGGGCAAAAUGUUCCCCGCGUCGAUGGCUCCGCAGAGAAGAGCCAUCGUGAGAACCAUGAUGCUGUUGAUGCUGAUGUUCACGUCCUAGCGCGUGGCGGCGGCCCCGGCAGUGGCAGUGGUGACGACAUGAGGGCGCCGACGAUCUCGACGACGACACCAAGUCUCCCAGCUCUUCAAACGGCUCUUCCGCCCAAGUCAACGACCCCUCCGCCUCCAUCCUCCCCCCGAAUAUCUUCCAUUCGAUCAUUUACGGCGCCCCGCCCCGGAAUAGUCUAUCCCCCUCGAACUGACUCGUUCCGCUCACAUCAUUCGGCCUUCGCUAGUCGUAGUGACGAUGACCCUCUCGCCACAUCCAAUGGGCUUCAAGACCGAGACGACCGGACUCUGUCCAUUGCACCUCGAUCCUCCGCCGCCUCGAUACACGAACGCGGAGCUCCCCAGAGUCCUCAGGACCAUCAACACCAGUCAACGCGUCCCGCCAGAACAAGAGCCGUCUCGACCCCUACGAUAAGCACAGAUCGAGGGAGGCAACGCUCCACCUCACUAGCAUCAGCAUCAGCAUCGCUGAAAAACACGUCCGACGACCACCUUAUCCCUCCUCUACCCACCACUCUCCCCUCGUCGCCGCGCAGCAGUCCACCCAGCAGUCAGUCCGACAUGGUGUUCGGCUUUGGUUCGAGAAAGAAGAAACGGUCGUCGGCUUCAAAGACCACCACAACUGCGGCCCCUCGGGUGCCAAGUUCGUCUGGAGGCUCGUCGUCCACAAGUAAUGGGUAUACCUCAGCGCGCAGUGAACGUUCGGUAGCGGCCAACGGAGGCACGCAGCCGUCCACCCAUGGGAGGACCACUUCCUCAAGCGGAAAUCAACCGGUUCUAACGUCGUCAAACGCAGCAUCAGAAAGCCCACCUCUCCCCUCUGCUGCCCGAGUCGAAAGUCGAGCUUCAGAUUCGGCCGGUCCCAACGCUUCCUCUGUCCCCACAAGUAACGGAAACCCCAGAAAGGGCCUGAUCGUUGAUCGCGCUUCUGAACCACCCGAUCUUAAAGGAGUGGUGGACUUGAAGGACUCAGUUGAUACAGAUGUCACCACCAAAACAUUGCCUGCCGUCAUUCAUGAGCAUAUAACUCCUACGCAGCACCAAAUACGAGAAGAAAGGACAACACGAGAAAUCCAUACACAUGAAGUAUACCACCGCGUCCUCCCAGUCAUCGAAACGGAAAUCCUCCCUACGAAACAUUAUCUUCGUGCAGAAGAUGGCAAGACCCUCAUUGAGAUACCCGAGUCUGACGUCCCGAAGUAUGCUGUGUCUGGAAGGGAGGCUCACAAUUGGCACAUCGCGCCAGGGCCCGGUCCGUGCCGUCCGACGAAUAGCGCUGAUAGCGUAGAUCCAUCAGAGAUGGACAGUGCCGACUCUCCAGUCAUUGGCCUCGCGCGUGGAGAGCCAAAUUCGCGUUCGAGAAGAAAUUCCACAAGAUCGAGCAAAUCCAGCGGAUCGAGAAGGAAAACUUUCCUCGAGCCAAUCCUGACCUCGAAGAAGGAAUACAUGACCAAAGAAGGCUACCCAAGAACCGAAUAUGUUUGGCAUCACCCUCCCGUCUUUGAGACCGCGGACGGAAAAACAAGCCCAAUAUAUGUAGGUGCAGGAAUCGGUGACUUGAGUCGCCACAUAUACUCCAGUGACGAGUAUGAGGAUGGGGGAGAGUCUAGCACUGCGAAUCAGGAGAGCGAUUUAUUAUUCAAAAAUCUAGGCUAUGGAGGGUCGGGCAUGCUCCCAGGACUCCGGGACAAGAGUCCCGUCGCCGAGUGGUGUACUCCGGAUGCAGAUAAUGCGGUUGACAAUGACCAUGACCUGUAUGAGGACGACGUCAAGACGACGAGAUAUCCGGCAGGACCGGCGAAUGGCAAGGGAAUUGACGGCAUGGUACAAGGAAUGAGAAACAUGAAGGUUAAGUAAUGGAUUGCUAUAUGUGAUAUAUGUAUGUAUGUAUGUAUGUAAGAUAUGUAUAAUAUAUAGGACGGCGACGAAAAGGGGGUGGCGGAACUGAAUCAAUCGGCUGGUUGAUCUCUGAAUUGGUAUGUAUAUCUAUCUACUUACCUACAUAUCUGUAAUUUAUAUUAUGAUAUUAUUAUUACUACGAGC